AUGUCUUACGAAGAAUCAUCAUCAUUCUAUCAAAGCACUUCUGGUGGAAGUGAACUUGUCGGAGGUGAAAAUAGUGUUGCUUUUGAUGGAAAUAUGGGAGGCAUUGCAUAUGGUGGAAGUUUACAGGGUGUUGCUUUUGGUGGAGGUUUAGAAGAUGCAGCACAAGGAAGUUAUUCAAAUUAUGAAUCCACGUCUGCAACAGGUUAUGGAGCUGGAGCUGCUGAAGCAGUUCUUGUUGGUGGCGGAGGAGCUAGUAACGAAUAUUACUCGUCAUCGUCCAAUGCUCAACUUGGAGCUGGUGCUCAAGCAAGUAGUAGUGACUUAGAAACUGGCUUUGAACAGCAAAAUCUUUCAGGAGCAUUCCUAGCUAGUAAUGCCGGUUAUAGUGCUAGCAGCUUAGAACAACAAUCAUUCUCAUCAACAGCUUAUGCAACUGAUGAUCAAGGCCUCUAUAAAGAUCCUAAUCCAGAAGUUAUACGACGACCAGCUCCUGGAGGUCCACAAACAUAUACUCAACGAGUUCUCGUUCGAUUCUUGCAACCACCAGCAGUUCCUCCACCAGGCCCUCUUAUUAUCAAAGAAGUUCGUCCACCUCAACCACCUCCACCUCCUCCACUUUACAUACGACAACGUCCACCACCACCGCCCACGUUGCCACCAAUUGUUAUUCGUGAAGCUCCACCGAAAAUGCCUCCACCAGUAGGCACACAGGUUAUAACAAAGAUGCUUCCAGCUAUACCAGUACCACCGCGUUCAGUAAUCAUUGAACGUUUGCCACCCAUGCCACCUAAACCACGUGAUGUUAUCGUCGAACGUUGGUUACCAUAUCGAACACAACAGAAACGCCGUGUUAUUAUUCAACGAGCUCCACCUCCAGUCAUCCCAAAGCCACGUAACAUUAUCAUUUAUUACGAGGCACCCAAGGCUCAAGUCGUUCGUCGUUUUCAUAAUUUGGGUGUUCAACGUGCUAAUCCAGUUGAGUACGUUGCACGCUAUGGCACUCAAUUGGAAGAUGCUCAAACACUUGUUACACAAGCUCGACAAGCUGGUGUUGUCGAAGAUAUUUCACCUCCUGCUGGUACAGUAUCAAACUUGCAAUCAGCCAGUUAUGAAAGCUAUCAAUCAGGUGGUAUUGGUGCUGGCGUUGGUGCUGCUAAUUAUGAAGUUGUUUCAUCUGCAGCCGAUGGUUAUGGUGUUAGUGGUGGUUUUUCUUCAACCGGAGAUGCCGGUCUUCGUUGGAUCGGAGGUGCUGGUCUGAAUGUAGCCGGUGAUGCUGGUCUUAAUUUGGUUGGCGGUGCUGGUGGAGUCUCAUCAAGCAACUAUGACUCAUCUUCAUCUUAUAAUGCAAGUAGCGGUACUGGUGGUUAUGUUGGAGGUCUUGAAUCAUCAUUCGGUGGUCUUGGUCUCGUUGACAAUUCAAAUAAUGUUGGUGGUGGUAGCAAUAGCUAUGAAUCGUAUUCAUCACAACAAACAUUUACUCAAUAA